UCUUGCGGCGCACUACAGAGGGGUCUUGUCAGGGAACGAAGAGGGAGGGCAUAUUUUAAUGGCCGUCAGUAGCACUACCAAAUGCAAAAAGUCCGGAUUAUCCACUAUAUUUAAACAAUUCUAGCUACGGAUACGUUUUGUCCGUUUUUUUUGGUAACGAACACUACUCUUGGGGGUUGGAGAUGUGUUUCUAGUGUUGUUUCUACUGCAGUAAACGGACUUUACCCGCUUGAUUCGUGCGCGAGUCGGAGAUCAGGCCCAACCGGCUGGCUAAAACACAAGCGGACGUUUAGCUAGUCGCAGGAGUUCAAAGGGAAUAUGUAACAUAAAGCAACCGACAUGACAUCCAGAUUUGGUAAAACAUACAACCGCAAGGGAGGGGAGGCCAAUUCAAAAUUUGAUGAGGUCUUCUCCAAUAAAAAGCCAACACUGACCACCAAAUGGGGGGAGACCACUUACAAGGCUCAGUUGGGGGGCAAGAGGCCUAUUUUAAAACCUGAAGUUUCUGAGCUUUCCAAGAGGCCCAGGCUUGAGGACAGUGACAGCGACAGUGAUGGAGAUCCAUUUGGGUUUGACAGCGAUGAGGAGUCCAAAACUGUAACCUCUCACGUGUCCCAGUCAAAAGUCAAUGAAGGGGCUGUUACAAAGUCGACGGCGGUGCAGGGAGGUGGGACAGCCACUGUUACUUCUGCACAGGGCUCUGCUAGCUCAACAGCCACGCUCACAACCAAGCAAACAUCUGAAGAGAGGGUUGUUAAAAAUAAUCAAACCUGGUUCAAAAAUACAUCAGAUAGCAACCAGAAACCUGCAUGCAAGGCCCCUUUGUCAGACACAGUCCUCUCUAAUGAUCAGAACCUCUCAGCGCCCAAGAUGCCUGUCUCCUCCUCUCCAAAUAUAGUCACCUCCCUUAAACUUUUCACUGAUGCACCAGGUGGUAGCAGAGACUUCCAAACCUCUUCCUGUUGUGACGAACUGCCUUUAGAAGAAAUCAAAGGUGCUGAGCUGGAGCCUCCCUCAGAGCCUCCACCAGAACCAGUGGACAACAUCCCCCCUUCCCCAUUUACCCUAAGAGCCUCAAACUGCAAGAAAUACCAGCGACCCACCAGGCCAAGCAAAACAUCCUCUGAACCAGUGGAAAACAACAGCAACAAGCCCACUGAAACAGCGAGUGCCCAAGAUAAGCCCAACAGUGUCCUUUCUGCUAGCGCAAGUAGUACGGCUGCCAAUGCUAAAACGGCAGCCAAGCCCGUAGGCCGGGGCGGCGGGAGGGUACGGGACUACACGGUUCUGCACCCUUCCUGUCUGUCGGUGUGCAAUGUCACCAUCCAGGACUCAAUUGAGCGAGGCAUUGAUGAACUGGUCACCCCAGCUGUCCCUGCUGACCUUGGAGAUGCAGGCCAGAUGAAGAAGAAAUCAGACGCUCCUCCCCCCAAACCUACCAGGUUUAGACCCACCCAGACAAAGACCAAGAAAACCAAGACUGAGACCAAGCUAGAGUUUUUUGGCUUUGAAGACAAAGAGGACCAGGGGGGUGAGGAGGGUCCAGAAGGUGGCAUGGCAGGAAAGAGUAGCUACAAGAUCAAGUACUUUGGUUUUGAUGACCUGAGCGAGAGUGACAGCGAUGAGGAGAGCUCUCAGACCAAAGAGAAAAAGGCCAAGAAAGCGGCUGCAGCCUUAGCUGCCCUGAGCUCUGCUGUGGACAGCCCUCAUACCAGUGACUCUCAGGACAGCCAGGCCAGCAGCAAUACAGAUGCUUUUGACUUUUCCGAUGACUCCAGUCCUGGCGUCGCUGAGGGGCAGAAAGGACGUUCAGAGAAGUUAAGUGACAAAUCCAAGGACAUUGGCAGUGGACUAAAAAAGAUAUUCAGUGGACCCAAAAAGUCUCCUGCUAAAGCUGUGUACAACGCUCGCCACUGGAAUCAGCCUGAGCCUGAAGAGAUCCCUGUGCCUCCACUUUCUCGAUCUCAAACUGCUCCGGCGGUUUUAUCGUGCAGCAGCAAGGACAGCAACUCCCAUAAAGAUGAUGGCUUGUUCAAAGCCCCCCCACCACCGCCCAAAGUCAUUAAGUCAGAGACUCUCCCCACGCGACUCAACCAGGAUAUUGUCACUACGCUCAAAUGCAGGAAGGAGCACAAGGAGCUGUACACGGUGGUGCAGCAUGUGAAGCACUUCAAUGACGUGGUGGAGUUUGGAGAGAAUCAAGAGUUCACAGAUGAUUUUGAGUACCUGGAGACAGGGCUGAAGAGCAGUCAGCCACUCAACACAAGAUGCCUUAGUAUAAUCAGCCUGGCCACACGCUGUGCCAUGCCUGGUUUCAGGAUGCACCUGCGGGCCAGAGGGAAAGUGGCGCAGGUCUUCAAAAUGCUCAGUGAUGCUCCACAACACUCGAACCUUGGUCUGUGCACGGCUGCUCUGAUGUACAUUCUGAGUCGGGAUCGUCUUAACAUGGAUCUAGACAGGGCCUGUCUGGAGCUUAUGAUCAAGCUGCUAGAACUGGACCAGGACUACUCAGCUCACCAGGAUCAACUCACUGCAAAGGAGGUGGAAAAAGUCAAGGAGAAGAUCAGGAAGCUGUGCGAGACUGUGCACAACAAGCACCUUGACUUGGAAAACAUCACGACCGGCCACCUUGCCAUGGAGACAUUGCUCUCUCUAACCUCCAAGAGAGCGGGAGAUUGGUUCAAAGAAGAACUGCGACUACUGGGCGGUUUGGACCAUAUUGUAGACAAAGUUAAAGAGUGUGUGCAGAACCUGAGCCAAGAGGAUGACAAGGAGAACCUUGUAGCGUCUUUAUGGGGGGCUGAGAGGUGUCUGAGAGUACUUGAAAGUGUGACCGUGCAGAACCCAGAAAACCAGGGUUACUUGAUUGCCUACAAAGACUCACAACUCAUUGUCUCCUCUGCCAGAGCUUUGCGGUACUGUGAGGAUAUGAUUCAGCGAUACAGCAGGGCGUUAAACAACAGCUCUCUGUCAUCGUCGGGUGCAACGCUGCCCCACUGCAGCUUCAGUAAUGUGGGCAAGGCUGUGGAGGACUGCAUGAGGGCCAUCAUAGGAGUGCUGCUUAACCUUACUCAUGACAAUGAGUGGGGAAGCACUAAGACAGGUGAGCAGGAACAGCUGACCGUAACUGCUCUGAAUUGCGUUCUCCGAGUUCCACGCUACAUCCCCCAAGAGCAGCGUUUUGACGUGCGAGUACUGGGUCUGGGUCUACUAAUUAACCUUGUGGAGUAUAGCUCCAGAAACCGCCACUGUCUGGUAGACAUGGAGUACACAGUCGACGACACCUGUCUGGAAGACAGCCUAAUGCAGCCUGCUGACCAAACCCAAUCUGACACAGCGGCAGCGUCGGCACCGCCAAGCACAGCUGAGACUCAGGGAGACGGAGCUGUCAGACCCAAGGCCUGUGGUGCUUUGGCUGCCCUGGUGCAGCUCUUCCUGGAGAGGGAGCGCGCCGCCAUCCUGGCUGAGGCUAAGACUGACGACCUCAUCAGUGAGGCGCCCAAGCCGGCACUGGACCAAAGCGGAGAGUGGCAGGAGACGUCGGGAGAGAUCCAGUGGGUGGCAGCCGAAACCAACGACAGCCAAUCUGAAAAGAAAGAGGAGAAGAAAGAAGAGGAGGAUGAAGAGUUGGAUCUAAAUAAAGCUCUGCAGCAUGCAGGCAAGCAUAUGGAGGACAGCAUUGUUGCCUCCUACACUGCUCUGCUGCUGGGCUGCCUCUGCCAAGGAAGCCAGACAAAUGCGACUACUGUGAGAGAGCAUCUCCCCAAAGGGGAUUUCUCCAUCAUGACAGAAAUGCUGAAGAAGUUCUUGAGUUUCAUGAAUCUCACUUGUGCGAUGGGCACCACAGGACAGAAGUCCAUCUCACGGGUCAUCGACUACCUAGAGCACUGUUAACAGACAGCCAGACGGGGAACUCUCAGUCCGCACAUUAAAAGGAUCCCAGGCGAUACUGGUGCCCCCUACCCAACAGGAGCCACAAGAGGUCAUUGGAGACUCUGCAGCAUUCCUUUGACUUCACCAGGUCCCCCAAUGCUGUGAUCACUCUGAAUUGUUACAGAUAAACCCCUGUCUGGAGCACAGCCAGAACCAAAGCCCUGCUAGCUGACGGACAUGCAGAUUUAUUCCGUUCCACUCAGCUAACGCCACAUUCAAAGUCAGCAGAUUCAUCCUCAGUUACUGGGAAUCAGGCAAGGGGCUAGGCUAAAGUUUAAAAAUACUCUGUGGAAUGUCAAACAUGAAGACGGACUCAAAGAAGACCUCUUCUUAAAUCGUCCCAAAAGGUUUGACAAUCACAGGCCACUGAGGUGGAGUCUCCUGUCCC